AUGGCAGAGCCAUGGCUCACAGCACCAGCUACAGUGGAGGCGGUGAAGGAUAGAGGCAGCCAGUGGCGAGUGGGUAUGGACCUUCCAUUUGGUGGAGGCAGCAGGCAAGCAGGCAUGGGAGAGAAGAGCGAAGCAGCAGAAGCUGGCUGCCUCUUCUCUCAACACCCCUCUCCUCCCUCCCGUUUUUUUCCAUUUGCAUUUGCAGCUGAAACUAUAACACCUUCUCUGUUCUCCGCUCCCCCUUUCCCCUCACAUUCCGUCUUCCCAACCACAUUCAUCUGCUCUCAUCAUCUUCGUUCCGCUCCCCUUUCCCCUCACAUUCCUUCUUCCCAAUCACAUUCCUCUGCUCUCAUUAUCUUUCGUCUUCCCCCCAUGUCCCUUUCCUUUUCCUUUCCUGUUAAGUCCUCUCUUCCGCUCCCUCCCUGGCAUCUACCUAUACUCUCUCUGCUCUCCCUUCCUUCAUAUGGUGGAGACACGACUUUUGACAGCAGCCAGCAGUACCAGCAGGUAGGCGGCCAUAGGGUAGAGGGUAGGGAAGGUGAGGGGGAUGUGGGGGGAGAAGGGCUGGUGGUGGCAGUGGUGUUGGAUGUGGGAGGACCAGCGGGAGAAGUGGAGAGGAGGGCAGGCGUUGGUGCUCUCCCUGUGAAGUGCUGGGAGAAGCACAGAGGGGAGGAGGACGCAUGGAGAAAGGUAGGGAGCGAGAUUGUAGUGUACGAGAUGGUGGCGCAAGGCACGGACUCACUUGAACUCGAUGUUGCGGCCAGCAGGCAUCUGCAGCAGGCAUCUGCGGCAGGCAUCUGCAGCAGGCAUCUGCAGCAGGCAUCUGCAGCAAGCAUCUGCGGCAGGCAUCUGCGGCACAUUGCCAGUGAGGUAGUUGAAGCUCAGAUCCCUGGAGGUGUGAGGGAAAUUUGGGGAAGCAGGAGCCAUGUUGAGGUGGAAAGUGGAGGGGGGGAGAGGGAGGUGGUACAGAACGCUCACCAGCCUAGCAGGCUAGCAGCAAUUGGAAGGACUAACAGACAGGAGAAGUUGGUGCUACUCACAGCACAGGCCGGUGAGUGUGGCGCUCACAGGCUGGUGAGUGUGGUGCUCACAGGCUGGUGA